UAAAUCUACUCAAGUUUUGAAGAAAUUUACGGAGAUUGAAAGUCAUCAACAAGAGGCGCAAAAGAAGAGUUCGAAAUUGAUUCAAAGAAGGGAGUUAUAAGCAUAGAAGGUAUGAAUCUAGACUAGAAAAGGGGUAGAUGUGGGAAAACUAAGAAAUCCCAUUCCAAAUAGGAUUUAGUUGUUAUCUUAGGGACUGGGAUUUGAGUAUUAGAACCACAUUAUGAUUGGGUUUUCCUUGUCUAUACAAAGGGGGGGCCUUCGACUUCUAGAGGGAGGAAGUUGGAGGAAGAGAGAUCCGAGAGUGGAGGGAGAGAAAGGGGAAAUGCAGAAACUUGUAUUUGGACUUCAAGAGAAUAAAGUCUUGAUUUUUCCUUUUCUUCAGGUGUUAAAAGAUUGGUCCUAAAAAGAAUUAUCCAAGAGUUCGUUCACCUAUUCUCACUAGAGCUCUUGCAAGGAAGAUGGCUAACGAAGCUAAUUUAGAGAAUGUAGCUUUGGAAAAUCGUGUUGAAAAUAUGAAAAAUACUUUGAAGGAAUUGAUGGCUUCCUUCCAAUCUCUUCAAGCAACCUUAGUCACAAGGGCACCUUUGACAACAAAUCCCUUGUUUGAAGGAAAUGUUUCUGUGGCAAAUCUCGCUAUCACCACAUCUACUCUUAGAAAGGAGCCAAUGUCAUCUUGCCUGCCAAAUCCAAAGGAUGAAGACAAGGCAAUUAAAGCGAAGGUGCAGUUGAUGGAGGAAACACUGAAAUCGAUGCAAGGUGUCCAAACCAAUAAACCGGUUGGCAUCUCAUCUUUGUGCUUUUUCCCAAACAUUCAACUGUCCCAUAAGUUUAAAUUGCCUGAGUUUGAUAAGUACAAUGGCACUGGUUGUCCUUAUGCCCACUUGACGAUGUAUUGUAGGAAAAUGGCUCCUUAUGCCAAUGAUGAGGAACUAAUGAUACAUUACUUUUAUGACAGUCUGACAGGUCCUGCAGAUGCUUGGUUCUCUACUUUAGACAAAAGCAAGGUCAAAAGUUGGCAUGAUUUGACUUACAAUUUUAUGAAGCAGUAUGAAUACAAUACAUCACUAGCUCAUAACAGAGAAGAUCUUCAAAGGAUAGAUAAGAAAUCGAAAGAAAGCUUUAAGGAAUUUGCCCAAAGAUGGCGUGGAUUGGCUGCUCGGUUUGUUGUUGUGGGAGAACAAGUGGAGGAUGGAAUCAAGUCUGGAAUUAUCAUUGAUUAUCAAGCAAUGAGGAGUCUCCUUGAACAAUACCAAAAUGGUAGUUCAGGGGCUUUUAGUUCAAAGAAGCCAAGGCGACUUUAUGCCUCUGGUACCAAUUGCCCACAACAAAAAGUGAGACAAUAUUUCGACAAGCUUCCUUUGUCAUAUACUGAAGUGUUUCAACGAUUGGUAGUAGCUAAUCUUGUUACUCCUGCACCUAUGGUUCCAAUAAAACCACCAUUUCCAAUGUGGUACAAUCCACAAGCAAGAUGUGAAUAUCACAGCGAAGGUGUUGGGCAUGACCUUGAAAAUUGUUUGGCUUUAAGGCAUCGUGUUCAAGAUUUGAUAGAGGCAAAGGAGUUACAGAUUGCAUUAGAACUCGAACUUGUUGGUUCAAAUAUCACUAAAAACCCCCUACCACCACAUAAUGUUUCAACAGUCAAUAUGAUCAAGAAGGAUUUUGAGGAAGGUCAAGAGGUGGCUGCAAUUACUCUCACCAAUCAAGUUUCAUCAACUCAUAGAUAGCCUUUAAUAUUGAAGGGGCCAACGCUUAUAGUUUCACUUAGACAAGGUUGAUCUUAGAACUGCUAUUGAUGAGAGCUUGAAUAAGUGAACAAUGGAGUUUUUCCCUAUUGCUAUCAUUUUGGAAUGAAAUGUGUUUAUCAUG